UGCUCGCACGGCACCACUGUCUCCUCUCCUCUCCUCUCCUCUCCUCUGCUCUCCUCUCCCUCUCGUCUCCUCUCCUCCGCACACUACGCCCCAGCCGCACCGCGCCGCGCUGCUCUGCCUCAGUUCUCAGCAACAGCCUCCAGAGCCGGGGAAAAGACCAGAUGCGUGUUGCUCCAUCAGCGGCACAGCCAGCACCAGAGGGGCUUCUGACCACAUAUUCCAUCCACAAACUGAAUUUGGGAUACUAACUAACAAAAAAAAAAACGGCUGGUAAUCAGUGAUAACGAACAGAGGGUUGGGAGGAAAAAAAAAGAGAGUGAGAGAGAGAGAGAGAAAAAAAAGGAACCAAGGAGAUCAAAGACCCUCGUUGAAUCGAUGCUCUCUGAAUGCAUUUUUUUUUUCCCUCCUCAAGACUGAGAAUGCAAUGACCCGCCUCACUGGAUUAAACACCGCAGGUCAGUGAUCACUUCAUGCGACGGACGCUAAUUUGUGUCGACGCAUCGGCAGAGUCUUUACUUAAAAAGGGGGGAGGGCGAAGAAAUUAAAGAGUUCUGAGAGGAUUUUUUUUCCCCCCUUCCUCUUUUCUCUUCCUCCCGUGUUUUUCUCCCCUCUCUCUCCUCUUCCUUCUCUGCUCUCUCCCUCUCUCCCCCUCUCUCUCUCUUUCUCUCUCUCUCAUGCUCUCUCCCUCUCCACCUCUGAUCAUCGCAACAGUCACUGCAGAGGAUCGGCGAGAGGAGAAGGACGACGCUCGUGCAUGCAGCUAAGGGGGAACUUGCACUUCCUACCAGUUUACUGAACGCUACUUGGAUUCCGUCGCUUUCUGCCUCUUUCACUCGAGGAGAACUAAGACAUUGUAAGUCUGCCAGGAUCUGCUGUCCGCUGAAAAAAAGGAGGGGGAGCUCGAAUUUGUUCCACACUGGGGUCUUUUUAAAAUUCGCACAUAAUUAGUGUCUGCACAAAGGAAGCCGCUGAAUAGGGGUUGUCAGCCUCUGGAAUAAGGGUGAGUAGGAAUCCUUUUAUAUGAGAUUGUUUCCUGAAGAAUACUUUUUUUGAAAAAAAGAGAAAAAAAAUACCCACCGCCCCCCCCUCAUCCUCCUUGCUACCUCUUCUCUCACAUCUAACAUGAGCAAAGUGACUUGUCCUCUAUCUCUCUUCAUUCCUAUCGUUCGGAGGGGGCAGGAUUGCUCCUUUCAGUAAAGCACCAUCAGUCACACCAAAAAUCUGUCAAAAAUAGGGGGCAACACGGAGAGAGCGUUCUGGCCUGGGGAGCUUACAAAUCAUGACGCACAAAACGAUACAAAUCUGAGACGUUUUCAAUGGACUUUGUCUGGGCUCUAUCUCAGGAUAUUCAUGCUAAUGGAUUUCCUUCUAAUUGGUCUGUACCUAAAGUGGCCGUUGAGGAAGCCCCCAGGGUUGCUGCUGUGCUCGCUGGGUAUUUUUCUGAAAAUGGUUCCCUUGGUGGAGGGCUCUUGUCCGCGGCUGUGUCGCUGCGACAACAAACUCAUCUACUGCGAGGGGCUUAACCUGACGGAAAUCCCCCGCAACCUGAGCAGCGCUGUCGGCUUGUCCCUGCGGGAGAACAACAUCUCGGAGCUGCGGGAGGCCAACUUUGUCGGCCUGUCGCAGCUCACCUGGCUCUACCUGGAUCACAACGGCAUCCAGCUGGUCGAGGAGAACGCCUUCGAGCGGCUCCGUCGCAUCAAGGAGCUGGACCUGAGCACCAACCGGAUCGAGAGCCUGGCGAAUGGCACGUUCAAACCUCUGCCCAACCUGCGCAUCCUGGAUUUAUCCUACAACCGGCUGCAGGAGCUGGAGCCUGACCUUUUCCAUGGCCUUAGGAAGCUAACCAAUUUGCAUCUGCGCUACAAUGCCCUCAAGUUUGUCCCUGUGAGGAUCUUCCAGGACUGCAGGAGCAUGCAGUUCUUGGAUCUGGGCUACAACCAGCUGCAGAGCCUGGCUCGUAACUCGUUCGCCGGGCUGUUCAAACUGACUGAGCUGCAUCUGGAGCACAAUGAACUGGUGAAAAUCAACCUGGCCCACUUUCCUCGCCUCAUCUCCCUGCGCACGCUCUACAUGCGCAACAACAAGGCCACCAUUGUGGUCAACACGCUGGACUGGACCUGGCACUUCUUGGAGAAGAUCGACUUCGCCGGCAACGAGAUCGAGUACGUGGAGCCGCACGUGUUCGAGAGCGUGCCCAACCUGAAGACGCUCAUGCUGGACGCCAACAAGCUGGCCUACCUGGACCAGCGGAUCCUGGACUCGUGGGGCUCGCUGGACAGCAUCGCGCUGGCGGGCAACGAGUGGGAGUGCAGCCGCAACGUCUGCGCCCUGGCCUCCUGGCUCAGCGGCUUCCGCGGCCAGCGCGACAGCGCCCUGCUCUGCGCCAGCCCGGACAUCGCGCAGGGCGAGGACAUCCUGGACGCCGUCUACGCCUUCCAGCUCUGCGAGGAGGGCGCCGACAGCACCACCCAGACCUUCACCGCCACCCGCGGCGCCGGUGGCGGCGGAGGCGAGCGCUCCGGCCCGGGCUACAUCUACGAGGGCCCGACGCGCGGCGGCGGCACCUACAACCUCCAGGAGACGGAGGGCGGCGGCGCGGUCACCGGCACCUUCACCGUCACGCCGGCGCCGGCCGAGGACCUGGACAGCACCAUGCAGAUCCAGAAGGUGGUGACGGGCACCAUGGCCCUGAUCUUCUCCUUCCUCAUCGUGGUGCUCAUGCUCUACGUCUCCUGGAAGUGUUUCCCGGCGGGGGUCCGGCAGCUCCGCCAGUGCUUCACCAGCCAGCGCCGCAAGCAGAAGCAGAAGCAGACCAUGCAGCAGAUGGCCACCAUGUCCACGCCGGAGUACUACGUCGACUACAAGCCCAACCACAUCGAGGGCGCCCUGGUCAUCAUCAACGAGUACGGCACCUGCACCUGCCAGCAGCAGCCCUCGCGGGAGUGCGAGGUGUGAUGCGGCCUGGCGGGGGCCCUCGCUAUACCGAGGGAGCACUGGAGGCUUUUUUUGGGUUCCCCUUUCCCCCAACUGGGGGGGAAGGGGGGGUUGGGUGAGUUUCACUGGAUUGAUGUAGCUCGGACAAAUCAGACAGCGCACUGCACCACGCUGCACUUGGCUGGAACAAAAGGAUUGAUGGAUGAAUGGAUGGAUGGAUGGAUGGAUGGAUGGCUAACUGGAGAGGAAGAAUGGGGGUGUGGUGGACGCAGAGGUGGAAAGUGGCAGCUCCUUGAGACUGAGAGACGGUGGAUUUUACUGCUGACUUGCGAUCAGUCUCUGCCUACUGAAGGACAUGACUAUGGGACCUGUUGACUUGACGCAACAAAGCUUUGUGGAAUUACACCGCAGUGAGAGGAUAUUUCAGCUUUAAUGUGUCUUUCUAAUUCAGGAUAUUAUAAAAAAAAAAGAACAUCGACAUUCUGACAAAAAAAUAACUGGGGACAUCCAGAUUAAAAAAAAAAACACUGUUUUUAUUGUAUUAAUGACAAGGAAAGGGGGAGGGGGGGAGAAUAUAAAAAAAAUCAAGUGAGGAGAUUUGAAAAGAAUAAAAAAAGAACAAAAAACACAGAGUCUGUAUAAAAUAUGUUAUAAAUGCAGAAAUGCAAGAGUGGAGAAAAUGCAAGAAGCUAUCCUAUUUCUUUUGUAAACUAAAAAAAAUGAUGAUGUUUAAAUAAAUGAAUUGCUAUUCACCAUAAAGCUGUCUGCAGAGGCAUUGGGGAGAUACUGGUGAUGAGGCCGAAGAUGUAAUGUCUUUCUGGUCUCUAGUGGCCAUUGCCAGCUAGGAAAUGAACACGGGGCCAGAGUGAUGCCAUCACGUCAUUCAAAACGCAGAGCCUAAAUCAGAUUUUGAGAUCUCACUUUCUUUCUACCUUACUAUACACAUUAAUUUUUUGUUUAUCUGUGAGGAAUAAUCAUUGUGCUGGCUUGCCCUUUUGCUGUUGUGGUUUGCAUUUUUAUUUUCCUCUCAUUUCUGAACAGAUAAGGGAAGAACCAACUGUGAACAUAGAAGACGAUGCACUGAGAGAUGGCAUACUUCACGUCAGCUAAUUUGAAGAUAUUGUGUGCCAUCAAAAUAAACUAAAACAAGGAUAUGAUGCCUUGGGCUUCUGCCUUGACUAUUUUGUUUUUUUAAGACUGAGAUAUCAUGUCAGGAGCUCUAUGUGAAGAGCGAGAACAGUCAAGUGGAUACAAAUAUUUAGCCUUAAAACGGUCAAAUAAAAAAAUGAAUUUGAAAUUGCAAGGAUUUAUAAUUUAUAUGCCUUCUCAAAGCAACUGCUGUGCAACUGGGGAGGAAAAUCCAGAUGCUAAAACACAUUUCAAUGUAAUUAUGGAAUAUAUUCUUUAAAAUACAAGCAUAUUUUUCUGUAUUAUUUCCUGCUCUGGUUGUUCAUUGUGUGGCUGGCUGUGUGCACAGAUGGUGUUUCUGGUCUCCUUUGAAAUGUGUUUGAAAACAUGGUGCAUGGAUGGACAUGAGGUGAGAGGAGAGAAGAGCAGAUGAAAGGAGAGAGAAGAGGAGAGGAGAGGGGAAGAGAGGAAAUGAGAGGAGAGAGGAUAGGAGUGAAGGA